CCAAUGUAAAUAAAAGGAAUAAGAAUUGUUUUUGUUAUGGGCUAGCCAUUAAACACAACUCCAAAGUGACAUGAAUAGUAUAAUUAACAACUUGUUAACAACUAUGCAUCUACACCAAAUUUUUGCAAUUAAGAAAUGCACCAUGUCAAUGAUCCCUGGACGAGAUAAGUAUUUGUGGUAUGGCAGCAUUUCCUUGAAGAGAGUGACAAGAAAAUGUGUAAUAUAACGAAACGACACUUUCUCUUUGUAGUGAUUACAUAAAUUAUAACCUGACCAGAAGUGACUUGAUGCAUUGAGGUGUGACUUAAAGCAGUAAUAUGGCAGAAGUUCACCUAUUGGAGUUUACUACUGAAGAAAUUCAGGAAAAGUUCCCCCUCCAUUGGUGUGUAUGGAAUGACAAUACUCAAAAACUUGAGGAGUUACUUGCAUCUAAAUUGUACAACACAGAAUUAGCAGAUCCACAUGGGCGUACACCACUACUACUAGCAGUAGCUCUUGGAUUUGACGAGUCUGUGAAAAUAUUGCUAAAGUAUUCAUGUGAUGCAUCUGCCACAGAUAAACAGGGUUGGAAUGUCACACAAGAAGCUGUUGGCACAGGAGAUCCUGAUUUAAUCUCAACAAUUAUUCAACAUAGGGAAUAUCAAAGAUUUACUCAAAAAUCUGCGGGUAUCACAGAUAUUCUUGAAGCUCUUGAGGAGGCUGAUGAUUUUUAUGUUGAAAUGAAAUGGGAAUUUUCCAGUUGGAUUCCACUGAUAUCGAGAAUGUGUCCAAACGAUUCAUAUAAAAUAUAUAAAAGUGGUGCUACAGUGCGAGUUGAUACAACAUUAAAAGGAUUCGACCAAAUGAACUGGCAACGAGGAAAUCAAAGUUAUAUCUUCAAAGGUGGAACAAGGUCGAGCGAAUUCUUUGACAUCGAUCAUGACCGUAAAUCUUACUGGAAAGAGUGUGUUAGUAUCAGAGAUGACACGAUGACAUUAGAUUCAUUGAAGCCACCUCCAUCUGUUGUUUCUUCUCGUUUAAUGUCACAAAAUGUCACUUCAGUUCUCGACCACGAAAAUAUCAGCUUCACAAGACAGAAAGCUGGUUUCUUGGGUUGGGGUGGCGAUAAAACUGACAACAUUAAUGGUUAUGAAGCCAAAGUGUAUUCUGUUUCUGGUGUGGAGUUGGUGACAAGAACGAGGACUGAACAUCUAUCAGAGGAAGAUAUAAUAAGAUUACAAGAAGAGAAGAAAGAAGCACAGUCUAAAGUACCAGCUGUCUUGAAUUUUCUCACACAUUCUGAGCAUGAAGAGGAACAAAACAAAGACAACAUCAUCAACCCUACGUCAUCAAAUCCGUACGUGAUGUCUAUCGAAGAAUACUUCAAUCCCAGACUCCACCCUGGUAAAGAUGUGGGGCACUUAAGACAGAUGACAUCAAGAACUCAAAAAUUUUCGGCUACCGUGGCUUUGUCGGAUGAAUUUCCACUGUCUCUGCAAGAUCAAGUUUUACCUAUCAUUAACCUAAUGGCUAACAGCAGUUCACAUUUUGCCAAACUGAGAGAUUUUAUCACGUUGCAGUUACCCGCAGGAUUCCCGCUAAAAAUUGAAAUCCCGUUAUUCCAUGUACUAAACGCACGAAUUACAUUCAGCAAUAUUAAUGGUGUUGAAAAAUGUCCAGAUGGAGUGGUUGUAUUGGAAGAGGCUGUCGAAAAAGAGUCGGCUGCUGACGAAGACGACGAACAAGUUCGCACGAACAAAAGGCGUUGUGUUAUAGAUAAAUCUAUCUUUGAUGUUUAUCGUAGUUAUAAAGAUCUUGGUACAGAUGUGGGAAUGUACAGGGAUACUGGAUAUUCUCAACGAGAUGAAGAAGACGAGUUGUUACAACUUGCUAUUCAACAAAGCCUCAGUGAAGCUUCUUUCCAAGGAGAGGGAGGGAUCGACACUGCUAACCUUCCUGAGUUAGAAUAUAGAGGAUGGACGGUUGGUGCAAAUCAGGAAGAUGAAGAACUACAGAGGGCUAUUCGAGAAAGCCUUCAAGGUGAUGUCACUUCAGACGCUAAUAAUGCCCCUGUGGCGGAGAGUUUAAAUGAAGAAGAACAAUUAAAACUAGUGAUGCGAUUAUCAGCGCAAGAAGAUGAAGACGCUGAUAAAAGAAGGAGAGAGGAAGAGGAGGAACUAGAAAAGAUUUUAGCACUAUCUUUGACAGAAAAAUAGCUGGAAAAUAUUUUGAACCAAUUUUGAACCAAUGAAAUUGGUGGAAGCCUUUAAACUCCUAGCAACGGAGUUAAAAAGUUUUUGUUAGGGAAACUAAUAGUCAUUUUUCUGACUGUGACAGAAAAGUGAGGAAAUUUUGGUACUUUAUGAGAGAAGUCUUGAUUAACCUAUCAUAUCAGUUUUUAAGAGUGAGAUUAAAAAUUAUUUCUGAAGAAAGGUAGGAAAAUAUUCUCAUUGUCUUAUAGUGUCAGAGAAUUUCGUAUGUUAUGAGUUUGUGUCAAUGCACUUUUUUAUAAGAAAUAAAAGAAGAGAUUUUUAUUUUUAAAAAAUUGGAACUAGAUAAAAAAUGUUAAUCUAAAUCCUGCAGCCUUUUAUUUAGGAAGAUAAAAUGCAAAAGAAAAGACAUACCGAGGCUUCCUUGAAAUUUGGAAUUCUUCGAAAAUAACAUGUGACGCAAUUUUUUUUUCAGAAAUGAGUUGCAAUUUGCUUCGCUUGGAAAUUUAAAACAACGUUUUGUUUAUAUCUUAUUUAAAUAUAUUUUUUAAUUAUUUGUCAAUUUAUAAACACAAAAACUAACGAAGACACCUUAUUCCCCUUCUAGCUGUCUUUUUAAAAAUGUCCUGGUAACUAGAGUUACCCAUACGAAUUCUUAAAUAAAUGUUUGCAUAGCGUUUU